AUGUCACACCGAAAACCCAUCUACGAAGAUGAAUCCUCCACAGUUCUCGCGGAAAAGCUCCAACCCCAGCCACAGUCCCAGCUUCAAGAGAGAGACACACAACAGACCUUCUUUCCACCCAAGCCGCUUCGUACACCAUCCUCCACCUCAACGGCAGAUAUGUUAGCCCAGAAAGUCCACCAGGCGCGUCUCUUUCUGUACACACACUCUCUCGCCAUGGAAAACAGUCUAAACGAUGCCCUUUCCCACAUCUUCCACGUUGAAAGCCGUUUCACCAACACGAUAGCUUCCUUGGCUCCUCCACGUGAAUCUGGCGAGCGACUACUACCGGGAAGCAUUUAUGUUCUCGUAUCCGCCAUGGCUGGAUCAAUUGUUUCGCGGAACCGCGGCAUAUUUUUAAGGACAACGACCCCGCUGGCAGUGGGCACGAUAGCGGCCUGGACGCUUCUUCCCGUCACAAUGCAGAAUGUGUCAGACCUAGUGUUCGAAUAUGAACAGAAAGUUCCGGGACUUGCGGAACGACAUGUACGGGUUCGUACUGGGGCGGAGGAGGCAUGGUAUACAGCUAAAGCACAUAGCGCGCAUGCUCGCGGAUUGCUGGAGAGCAAAAUUGGACGGGGAAGAGAAAAGUUAGAGGAGUGGGUGCGAAAAGGAAAUUAA